AUAUUUCGAUGUUUUGGAGACGUUCAUGAACAUCGGACCCAUAGUUGACCUGGUUGUACUCGAUAGGGACAGACAGGGACAGGGCCAGAUCGUUACGUGCUCAGGGGUCAACAAAGACGGUUCACUACGUGUUAUCCGCAACGGCAUUGGCAUCUACGAGCAUGCGGCUGUGGAUAUAUGUGGUGUGAAGGGCGUGUGGCCCGCGAGAGAGGGUUCUGCUGCUGCCAAGGGACAGGACAAUGUGCUGUGCGUGGCGUUCAUAGGCGAGACGCGGUUCAUCCGGUUCUCGGGGGAUGAGAUGGAAGUGUUUGAGCUCGAAGGCCUCAAAGCGGACGCCCAGAGUCUGUACUGUGGCAAUGUGCAGGAUAAGUUCC